UAGAAGCGGAUUAUGGGUAUUGGGAAACGGGUUAUGGGUUUUAGCUCUGUGUUUCUUAAGCGGUUAUGGUUGACGGCUAAUUCUUGUGUUUCAGCUUCAAUUUCUCUGCAAAUUAAGAAAAACUCAUUUCAAGAUCUAAUCUUUUAGGUCCUUGUACUAUUUCAAAACUCCACUCAAUCGAAACCCAUCAAACUCUCAUGCUCAUUGAUUCCAGCUCUUAUCGGCUAUUUCUAUUCCCAUGUUCUCGAAAUUCCGUAUCUUUUUAUUCUCAAUACAAUCCACACAGCUGAGCAUCAAAAACCCAUACCCGAGAUUGUCUAGAAACACUCAUUUUGAUUCAAAAUCAGGUUCAAAUUCUCCAAACUCAACGCCAACAAAAACCCCAUUAAAACCCCAGAACAAUGUCGCAAUUUUCUGGGAUUUGGACAACAAGCCCCCGAAUUCAUUCCCUCCAUACGAGGCUGCAUUUAAGCUCAGGAAGACAGCAUCUUCAUUUGGGUAUGUUAAACACAUGGUGGCAUAUGCUAACAGGCAUGCAUUCAGUUAUGUUCCACAGGUUGUCAGAGAGCAAAGAAGAGAAAAAAAAUUGCUGAAUCAGUUGGAAAAAAAGGGUGUCAUCAAGUCAGUUGAGCCGUAUUUAUGUAAAGUUUGUGGAAGGAGGUUUUAUACUAAUCAGAAACUGUUGAAUCAUUUUAAGCAAAUUCAUGAGACUGAACAGCAGAAGAGACUGAAUCAGAUAGAAUCAGCUAGAGGGAAGAAGAGAGUUAAUUUAGUGGCUAAGUAUGCUAUGAAGAUGCAGAAGUAUAAAAAUGCUGCGAGUGAUGUUUUGAUUCCGAAAGUAGGGUAUGGUUUGGCUGAUGAGUUGAAGAGAGCGGGUUUUUGGGUUAGAACUGUAUCGGAUAAGCCGCAGGCGGCGGAUGUGGCGUUGAAGGAGCAUAUGGUGGAUGUGAUGAAUAAGAGGAGAGCCGAGUGUGUGGUUCUUGUAUCGGACGAUUCUGAUUUUGUUGAUGUUUUGAAGGAGGCUAGAUUGAGAUGUGUGAAGACUGUUGUUGUUGGGGAUGUAAAUGAUGGAGUGUUGAAGAGAAUCGCUGAUGCUGAAUUCUCAUGGCAGGACAUUUUGAUGGAGAAGGCUAAGAAGGAGGCUGCGUCUGUCGUCGGGAAGUGGAAGGAUCGGGAGAUUUUGAAACGAUUGGAGUGGACUUAUAAUCCUGAGGAGGAGAAGAAAUUGGCUAGUGCUGUUAAUGUACUUGACGAUUAUGAGAGUGAGAAUGGGGAUUUUGAUGGUAUCAGUGAUGAAGAUGGGGAUGAUUGUAUGCAGAAAGAAGAUGUAAGGACUUGGUGGGAUUUGAAUUCUGAUUCUGAGCCUACUUAGAAUUUAUGGAAUUGAUAAUGCCUCAGCAGAAAUUUUCUGAGCUAUUACUAAAAUUUUCUUUCUUUAUGGGCAGUAAUGAGGGCUAAGAUAUAUCCGGAAAAUUCAAAUGUAUGAUAUGGGAAGUUGAACACUUGUUUUGAUCAUUUUCAGUUUAACAA